AUGUCGCAAAACGUACUUCACCGACAGCCUGGCUUUGACGAGCAAGACCUUCGACAGUCGUUCCCAUAUCAGUUGCAACCUCGGUUUCUCUUCAACUGCACGUCCACAGCGAACUCACAGCCCAGCAAUACUAUCCUGCACGAACACUCGAUGGCGCAACCACUGCUACAAUGCCAGUACAGACCCGAGAGUCACUUGCAGGCUCAAACCUGGCGGCAUCCGCAAGCAUUCCCUCGAGAGUAUCGAUCAACUGCGGCCGUACCCCCUACAUCGCAAGGUCAAUACUGGGGUCCAUCCGAAAGCGCCUUUGCAUGGAACGGCGCUCUGUCGAUGGAGCCUCUCAUUAUGCCAGAGUCAGAUGAACUCAUGAGCAACGAUUUCGCGUUCGAGGACAUGGCAACGUCGCAGAAUAUGGCCAGCAAGAGCGGGAUUGAGUACAACGGUGGUCAAGCAUCUUGGGUGCCUCCUGGAGCGAGUAGAGCACAUCAUGGUGACAUGAGCCUCAUCAGCUCAGAUCUUGAUACGAUCAGUUCAACCUCGCCGAGGAGCUUCUUCAGCGAGACUGUGGCGUCAGAGUUACACGCCUUGAGUCCAGGACAGGCUAAUGGGGCGUCAUUAAGCAGCUGGCCGGACUUCGAGAGGUAUGCACUACUGAAAGAAUCCACGCCAGAGACAACGUCCCGCGCACUCCGCAACGAUGCAGGCUCCUCCGACUUCGACUUCUCAGGGCUCCCGCAACAUAGCUUGGGUAUCGAUCUACCAAUAACAACUACCGAAGCAGAACAGGGGCAUACACUUGGGUUGUCGUUUGACCACAGCAAACACUUCGGCUCGGAACAGCCGUCUUCGUACAAGAUCAGUCCGGGUGCUACUCCAUGGUACCCGCCAGGGUAUCUAAGCGAUCUUUCGGGAUUUUCUUCCACGCCACAAGUCCCCCGAAUAACUUCUUUUGCCUCGCAGAGAAGCACGUUUCCGACAUACAGCAGUAACGCACAGUCGCAAUACAGGUCACUGUGUAACAACGUUACCACCCACGAUGGGCUACAGAUGCCUCGAAACGAUUCGCAAGCCCUACGAAAGAGUGAUGACAAGAUCCUCAUCGAAGGGAAGGAUGUUCUAGGCCUGACAUAUAAGGAGAUCCGGAAGAGGAUGCACACGAACGUUGCCGAAUCGACGUUGAGAGGUCGCUACCGCUCGUUGACCAAGCCAAAGGGCCAUCGCGUGCGGAAGCCGGUUUGGACUCAGAAUGAUGUGAGUCUAAAGAUGUGCGUUCCAGAGAAGGCUUUGUCGCUAAUGUAUGAGAAGGUUGUCUUGCUACGAGAAGCCGUCAUCCAAGAAAUCAACCGCGUCGAGACUGCUCAUGGCUAUGGGCUCAACCACGACUCAAAACUCAGCAAGGUCCAGUGGAAGAAGGUCGCCGAUUACAUCGACACUAAUGGCGGAACGUACCAUUUCGGAAAUGCGACGUGCAAAAAGAAGUGGAUUGAGAUUGAAGCAGACCGCCGAGGUCGAUGA